AGUAUGUGACCUUUUGCCUUUUAAAAAUGAUGGUUCCCGGCUGAAGGUCAAAUUUAAAGAUUUUUUGGGGUUCCUUUCUCAAUUUGAACUAAACAUAGCAUGUUUAACGUCAUGUUUGAUCGAUCAAAUUUGGUCUCAUUCUCUCCGCUGGCGCUGGAGGUGCUUCCGAGUAUGAGGCUACAGACGGGCGAACAUAUGAGCGGGCACCAGUCUGAUCGGCCCAGGCACGGGCGAAACGUCCCUUGACUACAUGGUCUAAAGGGAGGCAUGUACAGAGAAGAGAAGCAAAAAUCUCUGAUACGAAAUGGCUGUGUUUUUGUUAAAUACGUGCAAGUUUAAUGGAUGUGGCCGGAGCUUCAGUCACCUUGGAGAAUUAAUUCUUCACAUUGAAGAAAAGCACAUAGAUUAUGAUCCAAGGGUAUUAGAGCUAAAAGAGCAGCAACAGCCUGCAUGCCUCCCUUUGAGUUACAUCCUUCGCUUUUACUCUGAAUCUGCGAGGAAAGAAUUUUCAAAAAAUUCGCCUGCCAGCCCGCCUCGGACACCAACCAAAACCAUUACCACUUCACUCAACACACCAGUUAUUCACAUUAAAAGUCCGCCAGAAAGCGACUUGGAAGAGGAAGAGGGUGCGUCCGAGAGUGGAGAUGAUAGUGAUAAUUCGUGGACCACAUCUGAGGAAUUCAGUGCUGAGUUUAUUCUAAAAGAAGGCAGCAAGAGUGCAUCAAACAACGUUGGUGAAGAUAGGCCUUUCGUGUGCCCGGUACCUGGAUGCAAAAAGCGAUACAAAAACGUCAACGGCAUAAAAUACCACUCGAAAAACGGCCAUAAAAAAGACUCUGGAAAAAUCCGAAAAGCUCACAGGUGUCCGUGUGGCAAGAAAUACCGCACGCUGGCUGGUCUGAAAAACCACACGCAGGUGGUGCAUCAAGCGUCGCCUGACGGAGUGAAGACCCUGCCGGUGCGGCAGGUCAGCAGCCUCUCUGUGCUCGAGCAGGGCUUCACCCUGGUGGCGAAGGGCCGGCAGGGCAGCAUGGUGCAGCUUGGCAUCGUGGCGCCCAGCCAGCAGCCCUCCAAGCUGACUCUGACGCCAGUCGCUCACAGUCAGAGAGUGCACAACAGUCCGUCUUCCACCGGUUGAAUAAGUGGCCGGCUUUUGCUUUUCCCUGAGGCAGGGAGAGAAAGAAUUACACAAUCACAGUAGUUGAGAGAGAUAGUUCGCUUCGAUAGCGACGAGGUAGUAUGAAUUUUAGACUGCGGAAGCAGGGUCUGUAACAACUCUGCGACUACAAAGGAAAAUGCUGCAACAAUAAUAUGCAAAGGAACAACGUGCCAUUCACCGACGAUGCUAUUUCACUAGACGUAGAGCGGGUGCUGAGCAAAUAAUAAGCCGAAAUUACAAAAAUUACACUCACAGACAGGGUCUUUGGCUUUCCUAUUUUUUCCUACGCUCUCUGGAAAACCAGUCUUGCCUGCGAAAUGCUUGAUUGACGGAGAGCAGCCAAGCCGGUAGUAAAAUUAGUUCCAGCAUUAUCUUAAAAAAAUGCUGCACUGACUUUGAGAAUGAAAAAAGGCAGACCAUACAUUCAACGCUCAAAGUACACACACAAGAAAAGCUUCAUAGCACACGGAAUUGUGAGAUAUAUAUCGUCAGAUAUGGCUUUGGAAAAUAUUUUGACAAUGCAUUUCCUCUCAUCCCAUUAUUAGUCCUGACUAGAGCAAUUUAUUUUUCUGUUGCUCUGUUUUAUGUACCUGUAGUCAAGUUGUUAGCAUUUAUAAAAGAAUUAUUGAGCAGCACACAACGGACAUUUAACACAUACAAACUCUGCAUAUUACUGGUCAGACACGUGUUCUCAAGAAAAAAUCUAGUCUGUUUAUUGUGAUUGAAAACAAAUUUAUUAUUAUGUAUUAAACAAUGCUGUUAAAAAAACUGCAUCUUGGCUGAAAAUAUGCUGUGUGUUCAUUAAAAUAACAAACAGUAGGUGGUAGCUGUCUGCCAAGAAAAUGUUAUUCAAAUGUUAAAAUUGAUAUAUUAUAUAUCCACAAACUGUAAUCACGUUAAAGGAAGUUGUUAUAGAUAUUUUGUGCGACUGAAAACCUAAGGGUAGACAUGGGUUUCUUGAAAUAUUGUAUUUAAUCCGUUUAUUUACAUGCUAUUAAAAAUUUAUUUCACGAAACAGACCGCUCUGAUAGAAAUUGUCAAGUGCAAGACUGCCGCGCUCUUAGCUAUUUGAAGCGAUUUUCAUUAUAGAGAGCAGGACAACAUGCAUUACGUUCACAUUCUCUGAGUUAUCCACAAAAAAGCAAGAAGCUUAAUUCCACAACAGAAACACGAUAAAGUACGGGAAAAUAUUAAAAUAAGCUGCGCUGGCUAAUAUAAAAUUGUUAACCAUUGGAAUAUUCCUUGCUUUGCUCACAAGUACGCUUAAACAUCGUAAUUUAAUAUGAAAUUAGGGCUGGAAAGGGUUUUUUAAUUGGCGAAUAAAACUAACGACGUUGAACGUGAAAAAACAAAGCCCGUGUGUGUUGCGCGAAUAUAAAAUUUUUUGCCGAUCAAAAGGAGAAUAAAUUGGAACUGCGCUGAAAAUUAA